AUGCUGCUACUGCCUCUCCAACAUGAUCCGCACCCUCUCAGCCCUGCCGACAUUUUCGUUGUGCGGCUUUUAUUUUCAUUAAUAUCUCGUCCGUGGAUCUAUCUAUCUAUCUAUCUAUCUAUCUAUCUAUCUAUCUAUCUAUCUAUCUAUCUAUCUAUCUAUCUAUCAGUCGAUUUAUAUAAUGCUUACGAUUUAUCGAGCUAUCAACUUGUCUCUCACAUUCUCAAUGUCAGUCAAUUGCCUAGGUGCUUUCAUUAUCUAUCUAUCUAUCUAUCUAUCUAUCUAUCUAUCUAUCUAUCUAUCUAUCUGUCUCUUUGUAUAUUUAUCUAUAUAUCUAUCAUCAAUUGCCUAGGUGCUUUCACAUCUAUCUAUCUAUCUAUCUAUCUAUCUAUCUAUCUAUCUAUCUAUCUAUCUGUAUAUUUAUCUCUAUAUCUAUCAGUCGAUUUAUAUAAUACGAUUUAUCGAACCAUCAAAUUUUCUCACUAUCAUAUUAUGUAUGUCAGUCAAUUACCUCGGUGCUUUCAUAUCUAUCUAUCUGUCUGUCUGUCUAUCUAUCUAUCUAUCUCUUUCUAUGUAUUAUCUAUCUACUUCGCUAUCUAUCUGACUCUCAAUGUUUCAACUCAGUUUUGUUCUUUCUUUACGUCUCCUUCUUUUCUUCUCUCUUCGAAUCACCUGCUUGCUUCUUUAUUCGUCCAUCCAUCAUAUUCCAUUCCUAUAUAUAUUACCCUUUUCAUAUCUAUCUAUCUAUCUAUCUAUCUAUCUAUCUAUCUAUCUAUCUAUCGCAACGCACUUAUUCCUCAUCUCCAGAUCAUCUCCAAUCAUCUGCAGUCCAGGAGUAUCUUCACCGUCCCGUCUGUCCAACUUAGGGCCCGUUUUUUUAUAAACUCUCAUUCACACUUAACCGCAAAAAACCGCGACUGA